CCACGUACAGAUAUAUAUUCCCCCAGUCCAGGCACCCCUUCACUCUCCAAAAACACAGGAAGCCAGAACAACAUGCAGUCAAAACUUCUUGCCACUUUGGGAGGAUUUCUAUUACUCUUCUCCCUGGCAUCUGCACAAGUAAGAGGAGAUAAUCUGGGAACAUGCACCACAAAUGAUGGCUUUGGAAAAUACUGUCCCACAACAUGUGGAGUUGCUGAUUACUUCUUCAAGUAUUUACCAGAAGUGAGUGAUAUUUUGGCGGAAAUGCAAAAAGACCUGGACAUGAUAGCUAACUUGACUGAAGGAGCAGAAGAAAAAAUUACAUACAUGCGAGAUUCAGCUGCUUCAGCCCAGAAGAGCUCCCAGCCAGAGCCUCUCUAUAAAAGGUCGUCAAGUAUGCUGGAAGACGUUCUUCGAUUUGACAAGACAAUUAUUGCACAAGAACAGCAAAUAUUUGAACUCCAGAAUGUGAUCUCCUCCAAUGAGAGAAGCAUGGCAGACCUGAAGCAGCUGUCCAUGCAGCUUCAGCAGAGAUGCAGCGAGCCCUGCAAAGACUCCGUUGAAAUCCAGCCUAUCACAGGAGCAGAUUGCCAGGAUGUUGCAAAUAAAGGUGCCACCACCAGCGGCCUCUACUAUGUGAAGCCAGCCAAAGCUAAGGAGCAGUUCUUGGUUUAUUGUGAGAUUGACAGUGUUGGGCGGGGUUUUACGGUACUCCAAAGAAGACGUGACGGCAGUGUGGACUUCAGGAGAGACUGGGUCCAGUACAAGGAGGGCUUUGGCUAUCUGUCUCCGGAUGACACCACCGAGUUUUGGCUCGGAAAUGAAAAGAUCCAUCAACUAACUAUCAGCACCACCAUCCCGGUUGUCCUCAGGAUAGAACUUGUUGACUGGGAGGGCAACAAAAAGCACGCUGACUACGCCAUGUUUAGGGUAGGCUCAGCAGAAGACAAUUACCGCUUGAUGUAUGGCUACUACUUUGGUGGCGACGCAGGAGAUGCUUUCGAUGGUGUUGACCUAGGAGAAGACCCCAGCGACAAGUUCUACACGUCACACAAUGGCAUGCAGUUUAGCACCUUCGACAAGGACAACGACAAAUAUGAUGGCAACUGUGCCCAGCAGGACGGCUCCGGGUGGUGGAUGAACAGAUGUCACGCCGCUCAUUUGACUGGAAAAUACUACCAGGGUGGAAGAUACACGGAAAAAGAUGCGGGUGAACACGGCUAUGACAAUGGCAUCACUUGGCUGACGUGGCACGACCGCUGGUACUCGCUGAAGGAGACGACCAUGAAGAUCAUUCCCCUCAACCGCAUCAUGUCAGGAGGAGAACAGCAAGCUGGCGUGAAAACGUUUGGAGGACUGUGAAACCGUUAAGUGUUCUGCACUUAGGCCUCCUCAGAUCAAGUAUUCAGCCACCAACUAUCACGGUGUCACUGUGUUGUUGACCAUUGUGGAGAUUUUUGCCAAAAAGAAUUUUCGGUUUCUUCAAUGUUGUUUUGACCACUAAAUACAUGUAUUUUCCUUACCAAGUCUUGUUUUUUUUUAUUCUUUGAAAAGUCAUCAGUUCUUUAAGUCCUUAAGGCUAAAUUCAGGCUUAAACUUUUUUAAAUUUUUGAGAUCAAGCUGCAGGGAAAACAGGGGCCAGUCAGUGGAAGAGUUAUGCCAACGAAUAUUCAGUUUGACACCAAAAAGAGUCAAAUCAAGAGGCCCUAUGAACACAGAACGCUUAAAGUUCCACUCUGAUCGUCUUUUGAUCUAUUAGAAAAGCGUUCCCUGUGCUUUUUAAUUGUGCCACUUUUUGGCACAAAUUGAAAAACGUAUCGUUUUCUAAGACAUAGUUUCUGCAGUGCAACAGUAAGUCAUUAGAAAAUCACCUCUGAGUUGUGGGCAGGACUGUUGGUGUGGAGCAAUCCUGCCCCCCUUCCCCAAAGCACAGAGCAGGAAGCUUCUGACCCACCUAGGGUAUUUUCUGCAUAUCAAAUGCAACCUUUUUCAAACAGUAUUUUUUUAUCUGCUCCUGAUUUACAUUUGAAUAAAGAAAUACUCCGAAAUGCAA